CCUACAUGAAUUCAUGCAGAUCAUUUUGUGGCAACAUAACCAUAGAUUACCCUUUUGCCCUCGGAUACGGUUGCGGCCACCCCGGCUUCAAGGACCUCCUCCAUUGUAUCAACAAUGUCCUCAUGUUCCACAUAAGCUCCGGAUCCUAUAGGGUCCUAGACAUAGACUAUGCAUACCAAGCACUAACACUUCAAGAGCCUAACAUGUCGACGUGCGAUACCCUAGUGCUCGGCGGCCAGGGAAACGGCUUCACGGUCGAGCCGUGGCGUGCACCGUACAUGAAUCCGGCACCGGAGAACGUGUUUAUGCUCAUAGGUUGCUCGGCUAUGUCACCAUUGUUCCAAGGUUUUCCCGGGAAGCACUUGCCAUGCAAAAAUGUUUCAGGAAUGGGCUGUGAGGAGUACUAUGGGUGCCGGGCCUGGGAUGGGCUGGGCCACAAUAGAUUGGGCUCAGGGUAUUUUGGGUCAGGCCCAUCAGUAUGCUGUGCUGUACCUUAUGAGGCUAUUAAGUCCAUUAACCUUACAAAGCUUGAGUGUGAAGGGUAUAGUAGUGCUUAUAGUUUGGCACCAAUAAGGCUUAAUGGGCCUAGUAGUUGGGCCUAUGGGAUCCGUGUGAAGUUUUGGGUGAAAGAAAGUGAAGAGUUCUGUGGCGCGUGUGAGGCAACCGGUGGCGCGUGUGGAUAUGGCCUUGAUGGAAUUAAGCAAAUUUGCAUGUGUGGCAACUCCAAUUCAACCUCCAAUUGUGAUUCAGUUAGUUUGUCUUCUAAAACAAGGCCCAUGAUCGUAGAAAUAAUAACAGGGUUAUUGACAUACGUGCUGGCACGGACCACGACUAAUAAAUAUUAAGAUUACAUAAUUUAUUUAUAUAUUGUAUGUGAGAAUGUGAUGUUUGAUGUUUAGUUUGUACCACAUUAUAUUCCACGUUGUAAGUAAAUGUAAUUUUUACCAAAGAAAGUACAUAAA